AGCAUGCGGCUGCUCUCGCGAGCCGUCCGCGCGGCGCAGUGCUGCCGGGCCGCCGCGCCGCCCUCUCGCAGCCUCCGAGCGGCGCCGGUCGGGGGCAGCGCGGCGGGGACGCGCCCGUGCCAGCCCCGCCGCGGGCUGAGCGCCCGGCCCGGCUUGGACGAGCUGUUCGCCGCCCCGUCGCUACGCCGCCUGCUGGAGGCGCGGGUGCGGGGCGGGGACGGGGCGGGGCCGGAGCUGGCGGCGCGCAUCCAGCGGCUGCGCCAGAAGGAACAGGAGCUGCGUGAGACGCGGGAGCUGGCGCGGCAAGAUGAGAGUGAAGAUUUACAGAAGCUUGCAGAAGGGGAAAUUGCCUCCUGUGAAGAAGAGAUAGCUGAACUGAAGCACCAGAUAGUAUUGCUUUUGGUUCCUUCAGAAGAAACAGACAAGAGUGAUCUUGUCAUGGAAGUAACUGCUGGAGUUGGAGGGCAGGAAGCCAUGCUGUUCACCUCGGAGAUAUUUGAUAUGUAUCAACGAUAUGCUGCCUACAAAAAGUGGAAAUUUGAAAUAUUAGACUACUUUCCCAGUGAAAUAGGUGGCCUAAGACGUGCAAUUGCCAGUAUAGCUGGUCUUGAGGCUUACAAGUACAUGAAAUUUGAAGGAGGAGUGCAUCGUGUUCAGCGGGUGCCAAAGACAGAAAAACAAGGGCGCAUUCACACCAGCACAAUGACUGUUGCAAUAUUACCCCAACCUGAUGAGAUGAGGCUGCAAAUUAAUCCAAAAGAUCUACGGAUAGAAACAAAGAGAGCUAGUGGAGCUGGAGGCCAACAUGUCAAUACCACAGACAGUGCUGUACGGAUAGUUCAUAUUCCAACAGGGAUUGUGUCUGAAUGUCAGCAAGAAAGAUCUCAAAUUAGAAACAAAGAGAAGGCUAUGCAAAUGCUGUGUGCUAAACUGUACAACGCCAAACUGGAAGAAGAAACCAAAAAGAGAAACAAUGUUCGAAAAAUUCAAAUUGGGACUAAAGGAAGAUCAGAGAAGAUCAGAACAUACAACUUUCCACAGGAUCGGAUUACUGACCACAGGAUAAGCAGAUCAGUGCACCAUAUUGAGUCUUUCAUGCUAGGGGAAGAACUGCUAGAUGAAAUGAUACAAACUCUGAAAGAAUACGCUGAUUAUGAAUCUUUAAUGGAAAUUAUUUCAGAAAAUGAAAAAAAGAACCUAUCCUGAAUGUUGUUCUUUGUCAGCCCAUUACAACAGAUGUAGACAUUUGUCUGUAACGGAGCAUCUUGGAGCAUCACGCAGAAAAUGCAACUGCUUUUUAGUUCGUGAAAGACAGUACAACUUGUUUCCUCAUGACUGAUAAACAGUUUUCAUACUUUCUGAGUAAAAGACUUUAUUACCUUCAUGUAAGACAUUAUUGCUGCAGCAGUCUACUUGGAAAGUGAACUUGACUGGGCCAGAAGCAACUGCAGUUUUCAACUUUCUCCUCUGAGAAGAUACUGAUUCAGUACUCUCGAAAGGUGUGCAUUAAAAAAUUAUGUCUUUCUAGUUUUUGUUUAAACGUCAAUACAGUGUCAAAUAACUUAUUUGAAAGAACAAAAAAAUCCUAUUUUUUUGAGUGGUUCAAAGAAAAGGACAAAUAAAUGAUCCUGCUGCUUACCUACAUGUUUGUUGAUCACUUAUACAUGGUAUGGGAGAGGGAGUCAAGGUGUAUGUCCUCUGUGUUUUCAUGCCUUUCUGGCCCUUAUUAAUAAAUACAACAAAUUGUUUAGGAAUAUCCCUUGUUCCAAAAGAAGAUAAAAGCUGUGGAAGCCAAGUGACAAUUCAUAUAAAUUACUUUUGAAAAGGAUAUUUCUGUUCUUUAGCCGAAAGUUAAAAGAACCAUUAGAGUAUUGUUUGGCUGAUAUUUCAGUCUCCAUUUGGCUUCAUUUCAGUUUCUCCUGUAUGUUUUUAAUUGACUGUCCAGUUUAUUGGUUUUCUAAACAUUACAUGGUAUGUGCAGCAUCUUACUGGUUUCAUCUGUUUAACAGCGUCUUAAAACAUUUGAUCUGUAAAAGUAAAGUAAUUUUUUGUCUUUCUAAUCUGCUGAUACAUGUGCACAUGUUUAUAAGUGGGUAAAGAAGACUUUUGGCCUUUAUUUUAGACUACAGUUUACAAUCCCAAAUACAUAUAGCAACAGAAAACCUACAGUUUCCCUGCUACAUUAUGCUGUCAUGCAUUGCACCUAUGCAUGUGUGUAUAUA